AUGACGUUAAUAUUGGGUUACAAUGCGACAUGUAAUUCAACGCUGGAUGAUCUACGGAUUGGCAACUCGGAAAUACCUUUAGUCGGGACCUGGACUUUCCACUCUCUAGGUCUCGUAAUUGCGCCAUCAUGUUCUCUGAUCGCUGUGCUACUUUCUUUCUACCUUAUCUUCAUGCAUGCGACACAUUACACGAAGCCAUACGAGCAGAGGCACAUUAUUCGCAUUCUCUUCAUGAUACCAGUGUAUGCGACAUCUGCAUUUCUCUCCUUCCGAUUCUACUGGCACGCCAUCUAUUUCCAGGUCAUAUCUGAUUGCUACGAAGCAUUCGCAAUCGCCUCGUUCUUUGCCCUGCUAUGUCACUACAUUGCGCCGAGUCUCCACGAACAAAAACAUUAUUUCCGGACUAUACAACCUAAAGGAUGGGUAUGGCCUGUUUCAUGGAUGAAAUCAUGCUGUUGUGGGGAUAGAGGUCCAUGGAGGACGCCGAGAAGUGGUCUGACGUGGUUCAAUAUUGUCUGGUUGGGAGUUUACCAAUACUGCUUCAUCCGAGUCGCGAUGACGAUCACAUCUGUUGUUACACAGUAUUUCGGACGCUACUGCGAGUCUUCCAAUUCGCCAUUGUUUUCGCAUAUUUGGACAAUGGUAAUCAAUGCUACGGCGGUCACUGUCGCAAUGUUCUGCUUGAUUCAGUUUUAUGUUCAGCUACGAACCGAUUUGGCACCUCACAGCCCAUUCCUCAAGGUUUUGGCUAUCAAGCUCGUUAUUUUCCUUUCUUUCUGGCAGACCUUUACAAUUAGUAUUCUCACUUCGGCAACGUUCAACGUUGUAAAACCAACAGCAAAACUCGCGUACCCGGAUUUGAAGGUGGGAAUCCCAUCACUACUUCUUUGCAUCGAGAUGGCUAUCUUUGCGUUUUUGCAUCUAUUUGCAUUCCCCUGGCAGCCGUAUGGACCCAAAGCUGCGCCAACCGAUUAUCCGAGACUAUCUUCAAUAUCUGGCGAGCCGUCUAAGAAUAUACAUGGAGAGAAGCAAGGAGGAUUUUUGGGUUGGAAAGCUUUCGUCGAUGCUAUGAAUCCUUGGGAUUUGGUAAAGGCAUUUGCAAGAUCUAUGAGAUGGUUGUUUGUUGGUCGAAAAAAUCGAGAGACCGACACUUCAUAUAUGCGCAACAUAGCAGAUGAUAACGACAUGGUCUUGCAAUCACCUAACACCACGGGAUAUAAGCAAAGUGUAAAUCUACCUAUCGCCGACGAAUUCCGCCGGAGCAGAUUUGGUAUGCCACUCGCUACAGAACCUGGACGAACACCCGGCGAGGAAGGCGCUGGAUUGAUUGCUCAUGCUCAGCCAAACCCAUUGAAUGCUAGCACCGGAUACGUGCCUGCGAAAGAGAGAUACGAUAUUGACGGGCAUGACAUCGGGCCGGGUGGUUAUGAGAAAGUGAGAAAUGAUGCAAGCCCAGAAAGGACGCAGGGACAGAAUCUUGCUUCGCCAGCCAUGCACUAUCAGCCUUACUCGCAAGAAAGUAUAGGAAUGGCGGUGAGUGAGACGAGCCCAUACGAGGGACAUUACGUUCAGCAACCAUAUCCUCCACCUACAGCGGCGGAUUUGUAUAUCGAACAGAGGCGACAGGAUAGAAGACAAGUUCAAAACCCAUCAGAACAAUGGGCGAAUUCAAGUCAACCACGAGAUCAGAAUCAGUUUUAG